AUGGCAGCCACUGUUUCUUGCGGCUGUGUCAGGACUGCCGAUCAGUCCGUCCCAGAUCUGAAGCCUGCCAUGCUCCCGCAGUUCGAUGUUUCUGAGACAGGUUCUGAGCACCUGGAAUAUGCCGGCCGGAUCUACCACGUUGCACCUGACGAUCUUAGAGACACAUGCAGUGCUCUGUGGGCAGCAUGGGCGAUCCUUCUUGGCUGCUUCACCGGGCUGGAUGAUGUGUGUUUCGGCUUUGACAGUGAGCACAGCAUUACCGAGUUGUCGGGACAUGCAGAGCGCAUGAGACAAGCUGUUCAUUUUCGCUUGCCUGCCAAUCAGCGUAUCAAGGAGAUUCUCACCGGCAAAUUUUCAUCGCUGGUUCAGAUGAGCGACGACAAGGCCGAAACACUGUUCAACACUAUUCUAUCAAUUCAGAGCUUUGAUCAAGAUGCAAGCAAAGAAACGGGGAAAUUUCCUUCGUGGUGCAAGAUUCGCAUGGUGGUAGAUCCUGUGACUCUCCAGACGCUCUUGACAUGGGACCCUUCCUUCAUGGGCCGAGAUCAAGCAGAGAACGUCAGCAGCACUUUUGACAAGAUUUUCAAGGAAAUCAUCAAGAGCCCGGAGACUCCCCUAUCAAAGAUCAGCUUCUUCAGUGAGCGAAAUGAACGACAAGUCUUGGUCUGGAACAGCAACUCUAUGAGAGAUGUGCACAAGUGCAUCCACCAGGCCGUGUCAAUGCAAGGAGCGUUGAGACCCGAUGCAGAAGCCGUUUGCGCUUGGGAUGGAAGUCUUUCCUACCAACAGGUCUUAUCCCUGGCAGAUCGUCUUGCCUUUCGUCUACAAGCCUCAGGCGUCGGGCCUGAAGUCUUUGUACCCAUCUGCUUUGACAAGUCUAAAUGGGUUGUUGUUUCGAUGCUGGCGGUCCUCAAAGCAGGCGGCAUCUUUGUACCUCUCGACCCUUCGCAGCCACUGCUUCGUCUACAAUCUCUCGCGCAAAAGGUGCAAGCCAAGACAAUCUUGUGCUCCCCUCACCAUCAACGCAUGCUAGAGAGCGUAGCGCCAGAGUUGAUCCCCGUCGAUGAGCAGCUAUUCAUCCAACUGCCUGAGCAGAGCGACGAGAUUGACUGUGGAUCGUGGCGAAAUGGAGCCUACAUGAUAUUCACAAGUGGCACAACGGGCGAGCCCAAAGGCGCUCUUAUUGAGCAUAGAGCUCUCAUGUCGAGUGCACUCGCCCAUGGUCCUGCCAUGAUGAUGGACUCCAACACGCGAUCGUUCCAAUUCGCUGCGUCUACCUUUGACGUGAGCAUUACUGAGAUCUUGACCUGUAUGAUCUUGGGUGGAUGUGUCUGCAUACCUAGCGAGGACGCUCGCCUUAACGCUGUCGAGGAGGCCAUCACGCAGCUCCGAGCAAACUGGGCGCUGUUAACCCCCACAUUCGUCAAGUUCAUUAACCCCGCCAAUGUCCCGACCUUGAAGACACUCGUCACUGGUGGAGAGGCCAUGACGCAGGCUGUUAUCCGCUCGUGGUCGCACAUCAACCUGAUCAACUGCUACGGCCCUGCUGAGACGUCUGUUGUUUCGCAUGUCCACCGAGGCAUGGUGCAAGGGACUAAUCCUCUCAACAUUGGCCAUCAGGUCGGUAUAAACUGUUGGAUUGUGGAUCGGGACAAUCACGACCGCCUCAUGCCAGUUGGUGCAGUGGGCGAGUUGGUCAUCGAAGGCCACACUCUCGCACGCGAGUACUACAAGGAACCUGAGAAGACGAGCGAAGCCUUCAUUGAAGAUCCGUCAUGGGCGACAAGCCAGCCGUCGCGAACUGGCCCCAGACGAAUGUACAAGACGGGCGAUCUCGUUAAGUACAACCACGAUGGGACGUUUCAUAUCGCCGGCCGCAAGGACGCGCAGAUCAAGUUCCACGGGCAACGGAUCGAACUCGGGGAGAUCGAGCAUCACAUCAAUGCCAGUACCAGCAUCAAGCAUGGCAUGGUAGUCCUACCAAAAGAAGGUUUCUGCAAUGGUCGACUCUUGGCUAUCGUGCAGCUCUGCGACGCCCUGGGCGAGGACCUCAUGCCCAACGGUCAGCCGUAUAAGCUUAUCGGCGGCGAACUUGAGAGUAUCGCACAGGACAAGAUCGCAGAGGCUAAGAAUCUACUUGGCGAGAGGCUACCUUCGUACAUGAUACCCUCUAUGUGGCUCGCCGUUGAGUUUAUCGCUCGUCUGCAAUCUGGAAAGCUCGAUCGGAAACAGACAGCGCAAUGGAUCGAUAACAUGAGCGAGGCUUUGUAUCGACAGCUCAAUCCUGCGACAGCAGUUACCCAGCUUCCCGAGGAUAUCAAGUGCGAAAGCAAGAUUGAGAUGGAGCUACACAAGAUCUGGGCCUACGUCUUGAACCUCAAGGAUGAGCAGCUUGGCUUUACACAGUCAUUCCUCAGCGUCGGCGGUGACUCUAUCUCCGCAAUGCAGGUCAUGAGCGAGUGCAAGAAACGUGGUCUCGGACUGGCAGUCUCGCACAUCAUCAACUGCAAGUCCAUCCGCGCACUGGCGCUACAGGUCAAGGAUAUCGAAAGGCCUACGCUUUUGCACGAGGUGGUCGAAGAGCCGUUUGCCCUCUCGCCUAUUCAGAAGCUGUACUUCGCGAGGCCGAACUACGACCAGGGCCACUACAACCAGAGCUUUCUCCUUCGGACCAGUCAGCGUAUCGAUCAGGCAGAUCUACGAAAGGCAAUGGAGACUCUGAUUCUCAGGCACUCGAUGCUUCGUGCGAGGUUCCAGCAGGAUGCCAGUGGGGAUUGGCAGCAACGCAUCACCAAUGACAUUACGUCGUCGUAUCGCUUACGCACUUUAGAACUGGCUUCGCAAGAGGAGGUCGAUGACUCGCUUGUCAACAGCCAGACCUGCUUAGAUCCUAUCCGAGGUCCACUUGUCGCUGCUGACUUGAUCGACCGAGGGACAGAAGAGCAGCUCUUGUUCGUCGUGGCGCAUCACCUAGUCAUCGACCUUGUAUCCUGGAGAAUCAUCCUCCAAGAGCUCGAGGAGAUACUACUCCGACCCGAAGCUGUGCACGACGCAGAUCGCCCGCUUCCAUUUCAGGUCUGGUGUAAGAUGCAGUCCGAACAUGCUGAGGCGCAGACACCGGACCAAGUCCUACCGAUCCAGGGUAUUCCCGACGGAGAUGCUGAGUACUGGGGCAUGGCAGACACCCCCAAUAUUUAUGGGCAGAUGGUUCGUCGAGGCUUUGAGAUUGGGCCACAUCAGACAUCUCUUCUUGUGUCCAAAUGCCAUAACGCCCUACGAACUGAGAUCCCGGAUGUUCUCAUGGCAGCGAUGGUGUAUUCCUUCGGCCAGAUAUUCACCGACCGUCCAAUUCCAGCCGUUUUUGCAGAAGGCCACGGCAGGGAAGUCUGGGACACUUCAAUCGACCUGUCCAACGUGGUAGGAUGGUUCACUACCAUUUACCCCGUCUUUGCUGGAUCAAAUUCGCAGUCCAGGCUCAUCGAUACAGUCAAGAUGAUCAAGGACGCAAGGCGCAAAGUUCCUGAUAACGGUCGGCCUUACUUUGCGAGUCGCUGGCUGACAAAGGACGGUCGAGAGGCUUUUUCUCGCCACUGGCCUUUGGAGAUCACCUUUAAUUACCUGGGCCAGUACCAGCAGCUGGAGCGUGAAGGUGCUCUUUUCACUCCCGAGAGCAAUAUUGCUGGCGAGAUUAGAGAGGCAAGCCAAGGUGCAGACGUUGGGCCUCUGACAGCUUGCAUCUCCCUCUUCGAGGUGUCUGCUGUCAUCGUCAAGGGAUCUCUUCGUUUCUCAUUCGGGUUCAACCAGAACAUGAAACACCAACCGCAGAUCCGCGAGUGGAUUUCCUGUUGUGAACAGAGUCUCGGCCAAGUCAUUACAUCCCUGGCCUCAAUGGCACCUGAGACUACCCUCAGUGACUUCCCGCUCCUGUCUCUGACCUAUGAUCGGCUGAGGGUAUUCACGGAGGAGAAACUGCCCGAGGCUGGGAUCACAGACAUUAGUCUCAUUGAGGACGCGUAUCCUUGCUCUCCGAUGCAAUCAGGACUCUUGGUCAGCACCACAAGAGAGAACGCCGCUUAUGCUGCCUACACACUCCACGAGGUCAAGAGCAAGAGCGGAGAGACUGUGGAUGUUGAGAAGCUCAUCGCUGCUUGGAAGCGCAUGGUUCAAUACCACGCUAUUCUCAGAACGGUCUUCUUGGAGAGCGUUACGUUGGAGGAUUCCAUCUACGACCAAGUUGUGCUCAAGGAAGUCGAAGCUCCAUUCACUGUCUCUGAGAGCGGCGCAGAUGAGGAUGCGGUUGCAGCUCUGAAAGUACCAACGAGCCAUGGCGAAAACGCAUCUCGACUGCUACACCAUUUCCACGUCUGCAAAGCAAAGAGCGGCAAGGUGUUUUGCAGAUUAGACAUCAGCCAUGUAAUCAUGGAUGGAACUUCGCUGUCAAUCCUCUUCCGCGAUUUUGCACUGGCAUAUCAAGGGCUCCUCAAGGCUGAAACAGGCCCGCUGUAUCGCGAUUACAUCAAAGCUCUUCAAAGUCAGCCUGUCCAGCCUGGUAUCGACUAUUGGAAGUCUUACCUAGCUGGUAUCGAGCCCUGUCUCUUCCCCGUUCUGGAUGACGGCGACAUAGCAGAGGUCAAGGAGCUGCGACACUUGAGGGUUAGAUUUGCUGAACUCGCUGAGUUGCAGAGUCUUUGUGAGCGGCAGGGAGUCACUAUCGUAAACGCCAUCUAUGCAGCCUGGGCGGUGACGUUGCGUUUAUACACUGCAUCUGACGAGGUCUGCUUUGGCUAUCUGACAUCAGCUCGUGAUUUGCCGAUCGAAGGUAUCCGCGAUGCCGUCGGUCCCAUCAUCAACAUGGUCACAUGCCGUGUCAACGUCAACAGCACAACCAAUCUUGGCGACAUCAUGACCUCAGUGCAGAGAGACUAUCUCGAAAGUCUAGAGUAUCGCCACACCCCGCUAGCCCAGGUGCACCACGCCCUCCAGCUUUCCGACGCUGUUCUGUUCAACACAGCCUUGUCGUACAGAAAGCUACCGCCAACGCCGCAGGCAGACCUUGUUUUUGAGGAGUGUUGUCCUACCUAUGACCCGGAUGAGUACAAUGUGUCGGUCAACAUUGAAGCAGGCGAGCACGACAUGGCGAUUGACUUGAUGUACUGGUCAGACACGCUGUCUGACGGACAGGCUGCCAAUGUUGCUGGCACUUUUACAAAGGCGCUCAGCAAUAUUCUACAUCACUCCAACGAGCCGAUUCACCAGCUGAACCAUUUGGGUUCCUGGCACAGCAACCAGAUCAGCCAUUGGAAUAAGCGGAUACCGGACGCCAUUGAGAGGUGUGUCCAUGAUUUGUUCAAGCAGCAAGUUGCCUCGCGCCCUGACAGCCCCGCGAUUGUCUCAUGGGAUAUACACUUCACGUACGCCGAGCUUGAUGCCGCCUCUGACAAGCUUGCCCAUUACAUUGCUUCCUUGGGCAUCGGCCUACAGACCUUUGUGAUGGUCUGCUUCCAGAAAUCUGCCUUCGCUAUAGUUUCGAUGCUCGCAAUUCUCAAAGCUGGUGGUGUAUGCGUACCUCUGGACCCAGCACACCCGGAAGCUGCGCAUCGACUUCGUGUCGACGACACAGGAGCUACCAUCGCCCUUGUAUCUCCCGCAUCAGUAACCAAGCUCAGCUCCAUCGUCAAGACAGUCGUGGCUGUGGAUGCAGAUCUACUCCGAACCAUCUCCAUGGCACCCGCGCCACCUCUUCCUCAAGUCACACCUUCCAACGCCUGCUUCGUUAUCUACACGUCUGGUAGCACCGGUCGUCCCAAGGGUGUAGUGCUUGAGCACAGAGGCAUCGCCAGCAACGCCAUGUACUCAGGCCCCAAGCUAGGCUACGGCCCAGACUCGCGGGUGUUGCAGUUCGCCUCUUACACCUUUGACAACAGUCUUGCUGAGAUUUUUAGCACCAUCAGUCUGGGAGGCUGUGUAUGCGUACCCUCGGACCAUGAGAGGCUGAACGAUUUGGCUGGAGCCAUUAAUCGUUUCAGCGUCACGUUGGCCGACAUAACACCUACUGUGGCUUGCUUCCUCGAUCCAUCAGAGGUUCCGACUUUGAAGACUCUGGCCCUUGGAGGUGAAGCUGUGACUGCCAAGUGCGUUGGCAUCUGGCGCGACUUUGUGUCCCUGACAUGCUGCUACGGACCGUCGGAAUGCUCCGUCAAUUCGACCUUCUCUGGAGACAUCGCGCAGCCAGGAAAGGCCAACAAUAUUGGCCGUGCGAUUGGUAGCGUCGCUUGGGUAGUCGAUGCGACCGAUCACAAUCUCCUCGUCCCAAUUGGUUGCGUUGGCGAGCUACUCAUCGAUGGUCCUAUUGUGUCUCGAGGCUACCUGAACCUCCCAGACAAGAUGGCCCUGUCUUUUGUUCCUCCACCUGCCUGUAUCGAGGGGAUGACUGAGAACGCUGGGUCAGAUCGCAAGCUCUACAAGACCGGUGACCUUGUGCGCUACAACUCUGACGGCACACUUACCUAUCUUGGGCGGAAGGAUACCCAGGUCAAGCUCAACGGCCAGCGCAUUGAACUUGGAGAGAUUGAGCACCACAUCGAGGAAAAUCUCCCCAAGGGCUGGGAAUCUGCGGUGGAGCUCAUCACAUCGCAGGGCAGAAAGUUGCUCGCCUGCUUUAUCUGUGCCGACACCGAUGUUUCCCUCAGAGAAACUAGCAACGAUAGCAUGGUGCUGGACAUGGAUGACUCUUUCAGGUCUCACGCCAAGAGGCUUGAGAUUGUGCUGUUCAAUGCAGUCCCUGCCUACAUGGUCCCAUCCGCGUGGCUCCCGGUCUCUAAGAUGCCUCUUACUUCUUCAGGAAAGCUGAACCGGCGCAGUCUGAGGGCUCUUGGUGAAUCCGUGCCGGCAGCGAGGAUGAAGUCGUACAAGCUUGCUCUCAAGAGUGGCAGAGCACCAUCCAGCGAGGUAGAAAAGCAGUUGGCUGCUAUGUGGGCUCAGCUGCUGGACAUCGAUGUGGCUUCUAUCGGAGUGCAAGAUCACUUCUUCAAGCUUGGAGGAGACUCGAUCGGGGCCAUGCAACUGGUGACGCUGGCUCGAUGUUCCAACAUUGACUUGACCGUGACUGGAGUGUUCCAGAAGCCUUCCCUACUGGACAUGGCGGAGUCGGCGGUGCCGUUAUCCAAGGCCCCAUCCACGACAUACCGGCCGUUCUCGUUGUUGUCUGACAAGUGCUCGGUCGAUGCGUUGCGACAAAUUGUUGCUGACUCUGCUCGUAUCGAUUUCGGCGAUGUCCAAGAUAUUUAUCCUUGUUCCGCACUUCAAGAGGGUCUUAUGGCUCUUUCGAGUAAGGAACCUGGCGCUUACGUGGCCCAACUCAUCUAUCGACUGCCAGACGACAUCGACACCAUCAGGUUCCGGAAGGCUUGGAGCCUCGUGGUGGAAGCUGAACCGACGUUGCGAACGAGGAUCGUUCACACAGAAGAAGCCGGGUUCGUGCAGGUUGUUGUCGCCGGGGAAACACCUCAAUGGUCUACCUUUGCCAGCCUCUCCGAUGCCGACACAAUUCGACGCCAGCUUCCGCUGCAUAACGGUGCAAGAUUGACCAAUUACGGCCUUGCUGACGAUGGUUCUACAAGCAAAUACUUUGUAUGGACUAUCCAUCACUCCAUCUAUGAUGGCUGGUGUCUUCCUCUCAUUCUCGACAAGGUUAAGCGAUGCUACUAUGACGAUCUGACUCUCGCACAAAUCAAGGGCCCUGACUACUCCAACUUCAUCAAAUACCUUACAGACCUGGACCCGAAACAAGACACCAACUUCUGGAUGUCGCACCUUUCCAACAUGUCCACUCAGCACUUCCCACGUCUUCCUAACGCAGAAUACGAGCCUUCCGCAACGAGCAUGAUGGUUCAUAGAGCAACCUUGGGGAACACAUCGGGUUCAGAGAUCACCACUGCUACUAGGAUCCGCACAGCCUGGGCAAUGGCGGUCUCUACCUACUCUGGAACCAACGACGUCGUCUUCUGGGAGACCAUGACAGGGCGCGAUGCCACGGUCGUCGGGAUCGAGGAGAUGGCGGGUAUCACUUUGGCUACUGUACCAACACGUGUAGUCGUGGAACCCUCACAAACUGUUGCCGCAUUGCUUGCCUCUGUGCAGGACCACUCAGCAGCUCUCAGAAGACACCAAUUCGCUGGCAUCCAGUCUAUCAGGAACAUCAGCGCAGACACGGCCCUUGCUUGCGGCGCUCAGAAUCUCUUGGCCAUCAACUACGGACCUCGAGAGUCGACUGAUGCCUUUUGGUGCGAGCAGUCCAACGAGAUGGCCGGUACGAACUUCUACUCGUCGUAUCCGCUCAUGCUGUCGUGCCACUUUGCAGACGGCGAGCUCGAGACUGUCGUCCACUUCGAUCCCAACGUUGUACCUGAGGCUCAGAUGCAACGCAUAAUGGAUCACUUUGCGCUCAUGUUGGAGUCCGUGUCGUCGUCUGACCUGUUGGACGAGAAGCUUCGCGAUGUACCUUUGCUGAGCGGCGGUGACCUACAGACGCUGCGUGAUAUGAACGGCACUCUUCCCUCAGCCUCUGGACACCUCAUUCACGACGUCUUCAGGGCUCAGACACUUGCUCAACCACGGGAUAAGCUCGCUGUCGUGUCGUGGGACCAAAGUCUCACAUACACUGAUGUGGACACUCAAUCCACAAGUCUGGCUGCUGUCUUGGUGGCAAACGGCGUUUCAGUCCAUUCCAUCGUUCCUUUCUGCAUGGACAAGUCAUCUCUGGUCGUUGUCUCCAUCCUAGCCAUUCUCAAGUCGGGUGCUGCCUUUGUGCCUCUCGACCCAGCGCACCCGGACGCUCGGAUUCAAGGCAUUCUCUCAGACACUCGGGCUACAGUCAUUCUAUCGUCUGAUCAACACGCGGACCGAUUGACAAAGCUCGGAUCGCAGGUCAUCUCCGUCUCGCAGGCUCUGGCAAACGGUGGUACCCAAGGCCAGGACGACCUAACCAACCAAGUGCCUCUAUCAUUGUCCGCCACCAGCCCAGCCUACAUCAUCUUCACUUCCGGCACGACUGGGAAGCCGAAGGGAACCAUUGUGGACCACUCCGCGUUCUGCACAGGCGCGUAUGAACACGGUCGCGCCAUGGGAAUGACAGAGUCGUCACGCGUCUUGCAGUUUGCUUCAUACACCUUUGACGCCAGUAUCAUGGAGGUCCUCACAACGCUUAUUCACGGCGGUACAGUUUGCGUUCCAAGUAGUGAUGAGCGUCUCCACGAUCUUUCGGGUGCUAUCAACAGAAUGGACGUUAACUGGGCUCUACUGACGCCUUCGGUUGCCCAACUGCUCCAACCAUCGCUUGUCCCUAGUUUGAAGACACUGGUGCUCGGCGGCGAGGCCAUGUCUUCUGCUCAUAUCUCGUCGUGGGCGCCGUCAGUUCGUCUUAUGAACGCAUAUGGACCCAGCGAGACUGCCGUGGUGGCUGCUGUCAACCCGAGUGUCACACUGGAUUCUUCUCCUUCAAAUAUCGGUCGUGCUGUCGGUGGUAUUUGCUGGGUCACUGAUGCCACCAACCACGACAGACUUAUGCCCAUCGGCGCUGUCGGCGAGCUCGUCAUAGAAGGUCCUAUCCUCGCUCAAGGGUACUUGAAUGACCCCGAGAGAACGGCAGAAUCUUUCAUCACCAGCCCAAAGUGGUGUCAACACUUCCCAACGGCUACUGCCGACAGGGAACGCAGGUUCUACAAGACGGGAGACUUGGUCAAACUUACUGAGGAUGGGAUUGAGUUCCAUGGACGCAAGGAUGAUCAAGUCAAAGUCAACGGUCAGAGGAUUGAGCUGUCGGAGAUUGAGCAUCAUUUGAGCGCGGACCCAGCCGUCGAGUCCUGUUUAGCGGCUGUUCCGGCUUCUGGCCCUUUCAAAGCCCGCUUGGUCGGCAUUCUAUCCUUACACUCUGUUUCUACCACCAAGGCAGAGAUGACCAAAGAGGGAGAGAUGCAAAUUCUGACCAAGUAUGCUCCAUCCGUUUUGGUGGGUAUUCGUGAAGGUCUUGCAAGGCAUCUCGCAUCCUACAUGAUCCCAUCCCUAUGCAUUGUCGUAGACUCUAUCCCCCUACUCCCCUCUGGCAAGCUUGACCGCAGGCGUACCUUUAGAUGGGUUGAGGACAUGUCUCUUGAACAAUACCACCUCGUUCUUGACGCGCAGGAAGAUGCGUCUGCUCUGGACAGAGAUGCAUCAGAGGUGGAGAUCAAACUUAGGGCUGCUUGGGCCAAGGCCCUCAACCUCAAAGUCGAUAUGGUUCCAUUCAAGCAAUCUUUUAUCCACCUCGGCGGUGAUUCAAUAUCCGCCAUGAAGCUAAUGGCCAUUUGCCGCUCCUCCAACAUGGCUGUAUCUGUCAGCCAGAUCAUGCGAGCCAAGUCAAUCAUCGAUCUUGCUUCAGCAGUUACCAACGUCAAGGAAGUCAUCUACGACAAAGAACAGCUGGAGAAGCCCUUUGAACUAUCACCGAUUCAAAAAGUUUACUUUGAGGGUAUUGGUCUAGGUUCCCACCACUUCAACCAGAGUAUGACUCUGGCUACGACCUGCAAUAUCACCUCACAACAGCUUUCGGAUGCUCUGCGCUCUAUCGUCGAGAUGCAUAGCAUGAUGCGUGCUCGCUUUUCGCAGGCUGAUGGAAAAUGGACCCAGCGGAUCACCAGCGACGUCGCUAGCUCCUACGCCCUCCGUUCACACGGCAUCAUUGACAAGAAGCGUCUCUUGGAGUUGGUAGCGGAGAGUCAGACUACCCUAGACAUUAUUCAUGGACCGAUACUUGCUGUCGACAUGUUUGAGAUGGAGGGAACUAGCAACCAGAUCGUCACAUGUGUGGCUCAUCAUCUGAUUGUCGAUGUUGUGUCUUGGAACAUCCUCUUACAGGAUCUAGAAGGGUAUCUGUCACCAUCUACCUACAGCCCUUCCAAGUCAAUCUCCUUCCAGACGUGGAUUUCCAAGCAACUUGACGAAGCUCGGAAAACCUCACUUGCGCAUGUAUUCCACGAUAUCGCCGUCCCUCUAUCAGACCUCGGCUAUUGGGAAAUGGAAGGCGUACCGAAUAUUCAUGGCGACUCAAUAACAAAGACAAUGACGAUACCCAAUGACACAUCGGUCCUACUCUCUGGUAGUGAUCAUGAUGUCGUCGACGUCUUGCUAGCAUCAUUGUUAGCGUCCUUCCGACAAACCUUUCCAGACCGUUGUUCGAUGCCCCCCAUAUUCAACGAAGGUCAUGGGAGAGAGCCUCCCGAUGACACUAUAGAUUUAUCACGCACCGUUGGAUGGUUCACCACUCUCUGUCCUGUCUUUCUCCCCGAGAUCGUUCCCACUGAGUACGACAUCCUUGAUGUUGUGCGUUGGGUGCGAGACUUUCGGAAAAAGCUUCCCGGCAAUGGUCGACCUUACUUUGCUCAUAGCAUGUUGUCGGACUCGAAGUCCCAGAUCGAGUUCCCAGUGGAAAUUGCCUUUAAUUUCCUUGGCCAUGCACAGGACUUUGGAACAGAGGAUUCUGUGUUCAAAGCUGUCGAUGGAAGCAUGUUGGACUCCUUGAGCUCGCAGUUCGACAUUGGGGCCGACAUCCCACGCUUGGCACUCAUUGAGAUAGCUGCUUCUUUCACUAGCCAAGGGCUAGUCUUUGACUUUUCCUUCAACCGCCAGAUGGAACGUCAGACGUCUAUCAGCAAAUGGAUCGAGAGCUGUAGGGACUGUAUACACCGAGCAGCCCAAGGGUUAUCUCAGGCUACACACCAGCCAUCCCCGGAUCUAUCUCUGCUUCCUCUGGCCUUCAAGAAGGAGGCCCAAGUUACGCAGGCUCUUUCUGAAGUGGGCAUCUCUCCGGACAACGUUGAAGCGGUAUACCCAUGCUCUUCGGUUCAGCAGGGCAUCCUCUUGUCCCAGGUCAAGAACCCUGAGUACUACUCUUACUCCAUCACAUUUUCGGUUACCUCCACACGAUCGGGUGAUGCGAUUGACGCACAAAGACUGUCGGAAGCUUGGAAGCAUGUAGUACAUCGACAUUCCACGCUUCGGACCGCGUUUGUCGACAGUACACUCCAGGAGGAUGCCAUCAGUCAAGUCGUUCUGAGGAAUCACGACGCCGACAUCUCCAUCGUUGAGUGUCCUUCCAAAGAGAUAGACUUUAGCCUCAGUGACCACUCGCCUCUUGGCCUUCCGACAAAUCAACCACCUCACCGUCUUACAAUCUUUAACACUAUAGAGGGUACAGUGCAGUGCGUUCUUGAGAUGAGCCACGCCAUCUCCGAUGGAACCUCCAUGCCACUUCUAUUCCGCGACCUGGGCCAAGCAUACGAGGGCAGCUUGGAUACUACCAACCUUGCAGUUUACAGGGACUACGUCGCCUCCUUGCAGCGAAGUGGAGGCUCUCAGGAUGCCGAGUACUGGAAGGCGUAUCUUGACGGCGCUGAGCCUUGUUGCCUACCCCUGCUGACAGACGGGACCCCAUCGCCCAGGUCUCUUCAAGCCCUUACCCAAGGUAUCUCGCAUGCCGCUAAGCUACAGGCGCUCUGCGCCGAAAGAGGCAUCACUCUAUCCAACCUCCUACAGCUGGCGUGGGCACUGGUACUUCAAGCAUACACAGGUCUUGACGACGUGUGCUUUGGCUAUCUCGUUUCUGACCGAGAUGUACCCGUUAGUGGCAUUGACGAGGCAAUUGGCGUAUUUAUCAGCAUGCUCGUCUGCCGCGUCCGCCUCGAUCAAUCCACCAGCCUCGACAAUGCCCUACGAACCAUCCAGCAAGACCUCGCCACGGCUAUGAACCACAAGAAUGUGUCGCUUGCCAACUUCCAACACGCCGUGGGUAUCUCCAACGAGCCUCUAUUCAACACCGCCUAUUCCUUCCAGCGUAGGUCGGUCUCCAAAGACAUGGCGACAGGUGCCCUUUCGUUCGACAUCAGAGAUGCGCAAGAUCCUAGCGAGUACGACAUGACUGUCAAUGUCGAGGUCUGGGACUCGAGUGUGGAACUGCAGUUAUGUUACUGGCAAGACAAAGUCUCAGACGCGCAGGCUCUCAAUAUUGCUUCUACACUUGAUCAGGUUCUUUCCUCGAUCGCGACAUGCGACACAUCACUUCCGGUAGACCAACUGGAUAUCCUCAGUGACCAUGGUAAAGAGCAAUGGAUGUCGUGGAACAACGCUGAGCCCGAGGUCUUGAACAAAUACCAUACACCAGCCAUCGACGCGUGGGAUGCCACAUUUACCUACCCUGAACUCGAUGCAGCAGCUUCGCGGUUCACUCAGUACCUCGCCUUUCUCGGUAUCGGGCCAGAGACGUACGUCCCACUGUGCUUCGAAAAGUCAGCAUGGACCGUCGUUGCCAUGAUGGCUGUCCUCAAAGCCGGUGGCGCUUUUGUUCCUCUUGAUCCCACUCAUCCACCCGAUCGUAUCAAGUUCCUGGUUAGCAACGUCAACGCCAAGCUCAUCAUCUGCUCCGCGUCCUUGAAGGCCAAGUUCGAUAGCCUGGGUCUUUACGCUGUUCCCCUUGGUAAAGAGACCAUGUCGUUACUACCCCCCGUGUUGCCGGACUCGCCCAAGAUAACAGUUCGGCCUGACAACGCUGCUUACAUCAUUUUCACCUCGGGAACAACAGGUGUUCCUAAGGGUACGAUAAUCGAGCAUGCAUCCUUCACAACGGGAGGCACCAGUCACGCCAAGGCUAUCAUGAUGACAUCUUGCUCUCGCGUGCUACAGUUUGCUUCACAUACAUUCGAUGCUAGCGUCAUGGAGAUACUCUCCACCUUGUUAGUAGGUGGCUGUAUCUGCAUCCCCAACGACCAAGACCGCAUGAACGACUUGUCAGGCGCCAUUACCAAGUUGAGCGUCAACUGGACUCUCCUCACACCAUCCGUCGCGAGCGUUCUCAAGCCUGGCAGUCUUCCUACCCUGAGAGUCCUCGUCACUGGCGGCGAGGCAAUGUCUAGAGAUCACAUCACGAAAUGGGCUGGUCAUGCCGCUCUCGUCAACGCGUACGGGCCUAGUGAGACGAGUGUUAUCGCUGCAACGAGCACAAAGGUCGAUCACGACGGAAACAUCAUCAACAACGACCCGGGUACUAUCGGUCACGCUGUAGGUAGUCGUUGCUGGGUCGUCGAUACACGAAACCACAAUCGACUGAUGCCGAUCGGUGGCAUCGGUGAACUACUCGUGGAAGGGCCUAUUGUGGCCAGAGGUUAUCUUAACAACGAGACAAAGACGAAAGAGGCAUUCAUAGACCCUCCAUCUUGGCGUACAGGCAUGAAGCUCGAGGGAGAUUGCAUCGGUCGUAUGUACAAGACUGGUGAUCUGGUGAUGUACAACUCGGAUGGAUCACUCAAGUACGUGUCGCGCAAGGAUACACAGAUCAAGCUCAAUGGACAACGUAUUGAGCUCGGAGAGAUCGAGUACCAUGUCCAAGCUCACUUGCCAGACUACAUUCAAGCCGCUGUUGAAAUAGUCGUUCCGCAGAGAAAGACGUCAACCAAGGCACUAGCCGUCUUCUUUACCAGCGACGACAAUGUCGAGGAUACAUCUACCCAAGACGUCGAUCCAAUCCUAGCAAGCAUGUCGAGUCCUUCGACAGACCUUGCCCAGACCCUCAAGUCAGCACUUAGGGACGCUCUCCCAUCGUACAUGGUACCUACCAUCUACAUACCGCUCUCCAAGAUGCCAUUGACCCUGGCUGGCAAGCUUGAUCGCCAGAGACUCAAGACAAUUGCUAGGUCUGUGCCGACCCAUCUGAUGGCCUCCUACAAGCUCUCCGGCUCGUCUCGGAGCGGAAACCUCCCUACAACGGCGAUGCAGCGCAAACUGCAGAAGGCCUGGGCCACAGUCUUGAAUAUCCCCAUCGACCAGAUCAGCAAAGACGAUAGCUUCUUCAGACUUGGCGGUGAUUCAGUCGACGCCAUGAAGCUUGUUCCCGCGGCGAGGGCAGAAGGCCUUGUCAUUACCGUCAUGGGCAUCUUCAGCAACCCAGUCCUGUCAGACAUGGCAAUGUCUUGCAAACACUCGGACGAAGCUCGAGUGUCAAUUGUAGACCCGUUCUCACUUCUUUCAGACAUUGAAGACCCUUCACUGCUUCUGCAUGAGAUCGCUGGUCGAUGCAAGGUGCAGGAGAGCCACAUUCUGGACAUCUACCCGUGCAGCCCCCUUCAAGAUGGUCUUGUUGCCUCUACUUUGCAGCAACCAGGCGCAUAUGUCGCUACUUAUGUGUUCCAACUUCCCCUCGACAUCUCCAUGGAUCGUUUUAAGCUCGCUUGGCAAAAGACCGUUGAUCGAGUUGAAAUCUUGAGAACGCGUAUCGUGAACACAUCACUCAAAUCCUACCAAGCCGUUCUUGCUCCUCAUGGCAUUGAGUGGGAGCAUCAUGACGACCUUGAGUAUGCUACAGCCAAGGCCGGAUCGGUACCUGAUCACAAUGGUGGAGUCUUGGCCCGCUACAGUAUUGUCGAGGCGCCUGAUGAUGGGCCUUAUCACUUUGUCUGGGUUGUUCAUCACGCGCUAUACGACGCAUGGAGUAUGCCUUCUCUGCUCAAGCUAGUGUCUCAGUUCUACCAUGGAGACACUGCUGAUGAGCACGCGGUGGAAUACGCGAAAUUUAUCAGGUACCUAGCCGACGUUGACACUGAAGCCUCCGACGAGUUCUGGAAGGCUAGGUUCCAAGACAGCGUUUCUGUAACCCACUUCCCCAAGGUCUCUUCGGCACCAACCGCGCAAUCAUACCAUGAGUCUCUUACACAUACGAUCCAGUACAGUAAGAGUGAUCUCGGAAUGGACAUCACGAUCCCAACAAUCGUCCGGGCAGCGUGGGCGCUUGUACUGGGGUCUCACACUGGCUCUGACGAUGUCGUCUUCGGUGAGACGCUCUCUGGACGUGACAUCGCCCUCGACCAUGUACAAGACAUCCUCGGACCGACAUUAACCACGGUGCCAUCACGAGUUCAGAUCGAUCGUAACAGUACCAUUGGCGAUCUGCUCAAGAGUCUGCAUCACCAAGCCACGGACCUGAUUCCCCAUCAGCAUGCAGGCCUCCAGCGCAUCAGACGCCUUAGCGAUGCCAUAUCAGUAGCCAGUGACUUCCAGAACUUGCUGGUUAUACAAUCAUCCGACCACGAAACAGGCCAGAAUGACUUUCUCAACCCAAUCCAAGACGAUGUCGGUCAGCGAGGCUUCUUCACAUAUCCACUUGUUGUCGAAUGCUCCAUCGAGGCGCACGAGCUAGUCAUGACGAUUCACCACGAUAAUAAGUUCAUCUCUAGUUGGCAGGCGCAGCGCAUCGCUCAGCAGUUCGAGGCUCUGGUGGGACAACUCACGGAUCUAUCACUCCGAGAACCCAAACAAAAAGUAUCACAACUUCGGCUGUACAGCCAAGAGGAUGUGGAGACGAUCAAGAGAUGGAACAGUAGUGUCCUCGAGCCUGCAAUGCAAAGUAUUCCUGACUUGUUCUGGCAGUCAGUAGCAACCAACGGUAACGACACCGCUAUUCGCGCCUGGGAUGGUCAACUCAGCUACAAUGAUCUUGCCAAACAUGCCUCGCACUUCGCCAGGACACUAGUGCAAAAGGGUGUACGCGCCGACGAACUGGUCCCAUGCUGUAUGGACAAGUCUCUGUGGACGACAGUCUCGAUGCUUGCUGUGAUCCUCGCUGGAGGCGCCAUCGUUCCCAUGGAUCCUGCACACCCUUCUGCUCGCCACGCCGAGAUCACACGCGACUGCAGGGCCCGUGUUGCGUUGUGCGCACCGCCGUAUCAGGAGCGCUUUCAGGGCCUCGUCGAAUCUGUUGUCUUGGUCAAUUCUGACCUGUUCACUGCCCCAGAACUUUGCACGCAGGAUCUGCCAGUCGUCGCGCCUCGAGAUGCCGCCUUUGUCAUCUACACCUCGGGCAGUACUGGAAAGCCUAAAGGCGUUGUCAUUGAACACGGCUCUUUUGUCACAAGUUCCAGGGCUUUCAUGGAACGCAUGAACAUGGGUCCGGAUUCGGGUGUACUGCAUUUUGCAUCCUAUGCGUUUGACAUUGCCAUGGGGGAGACAUUCGCUCCACUCACUAUCGGUGCCUGUGUCUGUAUCGCCAGCGAAGAGAUGAGAAUGACAGAUCUUGCUGGAUCCAUGAACUCCCUCGCUGUCACUUGGGCAUUCCUAACGCCCUCGGUCGCAAAUCUCCAGGACCCCUCCAAAUUCACCACAUUGCAAACCCUGGUCUGUGGAGGCGAGACUCUUACACCUGAAACUAUUAGUGCCUGGGGAGACAAGGUCGAGCUGGUGAAUGGCUACGGGCCAGCUGAGUGUUCUAUAUUUGCGGUUGCAAACAGUUCUGUUUCUACUACCAACGCCAACAUCGGUCACGCCAUGGACGGAAACCACACUUGGGUCGUCGAUCCGAGAGAUCACAACUCUCUUGUCCCUGUAGGAUGUGUUGGAGAACUUCUCAUCAGUGGUCCCAUCGUGGCCCGCGGGUACCUGAACGACAGAGAACGGACGGCGGCAUCGUUCAUUGAGAAUCCAUCGUGGAUGGACGUCUUCAGCAACGAGUCUGUGCGUUUGUACAAGACAGGCGACUUGGUCAGAUAUUGUCCUGAUGGAUCCCUCAUGUAUCUAGGGCGUAAGGACCACCAAGUCAAGCUUCAUGGCCAGCGCAUGGAGCUCGGUGAGAUUGAGACUCGUCUUGAGUCUGACCCGCGCAUUCGCCAGGUCUUGGUCAACCUUCCGCAGUCUGGCAUCUUCAAGGGCCGCCUCGUUGCCAUCACCUCUCUCGAGGAUCUCUCACCCACCGAAGUAUCUCUUACCACGUCUGGCUUUGUCCCCAUCCCAGAAUCAGCCAUGGAAACUGCCCGAACACAGAUCUGCGCGAUGCAACACGAUCUGGCCGCCACGCUUCCACCUUACAUGAUACCAUCAGUUUGGCUCGCUGUCCAAGCCAUUCCUCUCUUACUGUCUGGAAAGCUUGACAGAUCGAGCGCAAUCAGUUGGCUUGCUGAUUCAGAGGCGGACUUCUGCAAGGUUGCUGUCGACUUGGAUCAUGGCCAAGAUGCGGCGGACGCGGUGAUGACACCAGUUAGCCAACAGCUCAGGCGCAUCUGGGCGUCAAUCCUCAACAUUCCAGAGACAGAAACUCCUAUGAACCGCUCUCUCAUUUCCCUUGGCGGUGACUCCAUCAUGGCGAUUCAGAUGCUGACACGCUGUCACGACCAGUCUCUUUCAUUGACCUUGCAGGAUAUCAUGAGAGCUAAGGGAAUCUCCGAGUUGUCUACCUUUGUGGCCUCUAAAGAGCCCCAAGUGCUCGACCACUACGACGAAGACGACGAUCAAGCAUUCGAGCUGUCUCCGAUCCAACGCCUCUUCUUCAACAACAGCGCUAAUAAGGACCGUGGGGAUCGUUUUAACCAAAGUCAACUCCUGUCCAUCAACAAGACUCUCGAGGUGUCCAGCCUUCAAGAUGCCCUUGAUGCUCUUGUUGAAAGACACCCAAUGCUUCGCGCGCGGUUCAACAAAUCUCCCACUGGGGAGUGGACACAGCAUAUCGUCUCACAUGCUCAAGGUUCCUAUGGCUUUCAGCACCAUGAGCUCGCUGCAGAGCCUGACAUGAUACCAAUCGUAGCCGCCAGCCAAAGAAGCAUCGAUGUUUCUGGUCCUGUUUUUGCCGUCGAUCUAUUAACACUAUCUCAUGGCACUCAGGUACUCUCACUUGUAGCACACCAUCUCGUCAUUGACAUCAUUUCUUGGAUUAACAUCAUCCACGACCUCGAAGCACUACUGACCUCUACCUACUUGCCGCCCAUCAACCCCCUCUCGUUCCGCAGAUGGAAUGCUCUACAGAUUGAACACGUCAAUUCUCUCGACAAUGGUGCAACACUUCUUCCAUUCGCUGUACGACCUGCUGACAUGGAUUUCUGGGGGAUGUCAAACACUCCCAACGUCUACGGAGACAUGGAACAAAAAUCGUUCGUCAUCACAGAAGCUGAUGUCGUAUCCUCCAUAUUAGGUGGUUCACACAGAGCCCUCAAGACCGAACCACUCGAUCUCUUCAUCACAGCCAUUCUCAAAUCCUUUGCACAGACCUUCGAUAGUCGGGAGCUACCAACACUGUUCAACGAGAGUCAUGGCCGUGAACCCUGGGAUCAAACCAUUGAUCCUUCCCAAACCGUCGGAUGGUUCACAUCACUCUGCCCUUUGCAAGUAUCACGACAGAGUCUCGAACACGGCGAUCAAGUGGACCAUGUUCGUAAGGUCAAGGAUGUCCGCCGGAGUAUCCCCAAUAAUGGCCGCCCGUACUUUGCCCACCGCCAUCUCACCAGCUCAGGAAGCCUGCAUGAUGGACCCAUGGAGAUUUUGCUGAACUACCUUGGUCACACUCAACAAACUAACCACGGCGAUUCUCUCUUCACUGCCGUUGACUUUCCAUUCACUGAGCAAGACACUCUGGCUAUCUCCGACGUCGCACCCGAGACAUCGCGCCUUGCUCUCUUCGAGAUUUCCCUAUCUAUUCUUGAUGAGGGAAUUAGCUUCACCCUGAUGUACAACCAACACAUGCUUCACCAAGAAGGUAUCGACAAGUGGGUGACCAACUGCAAGGAGACGCUCAUGGACACUACGAGAAGGCUUGCCGAGACCUCUUCUGCUCCAACACUCAGCGACUUCCCUCUCUUGCCCAUUAGCUACACGGAUCUGCACGAAAUCAUCUCUACACACCUUCCCAACGCUCACGUUCCUUUCGAUAUGGUGGAGGAUAUGUACCCGUGUUCGCCUAUGCAGACUGGCAUAUUACUCAGCCAGCUUCUAGACCCAUCGCAGUACCUGUUCCACGUUGUUCUUCAACUUAAUCUUCCCGACGGCUCUGCAAUCGACACUGCAAAACUCGUCCAGGCCUGUCAUCGAGUCAUAGAGCGUCAUCCAGCAUUGCGAACCAUCUUCAUUGACAGUCUACGUCAAGGCGGCUCAUUCGAUCAAGUCGUUUUGAAGCCUUUCGAGUCUCGCAUCAGCACCAUCAAGUGUCGGGAGAUCGAUGUUAUGGCUGAAUUGAACUCCAAGUCACUCGAUGAGACCAACAAAAGACACGAUGGCCCUAUGCUCCCAUAUCAGAUCACCAUCUGCGAGACGCCGCAAGGAAAGGUUUUCAUGAAGCUUGAGCUGAACCACGCAGUUACCGAUGGUGCUUCCACAUCAAUCCUCCUCCGAGACAUCUCCAACGCCUACACCGACAGCUUAUCUCCAACUCCAGCUCCUGGCUAUAAGGAAUACAUCGAAUACAUUUCCAGUCAAUCUACCGCUUCUAGCCUGAACUUUUGGACAGGCUAUCUUUGGGAGUCACAACACACAGGAUUUCCGACACUCAAUGCAGACUUAGUAGCCAACCGCCGCCUACAAUCUGUCGCGGUCCAGUUCGACCGCUUCCCAGAACUACAAUCACUCGGCUCCAAGCUCGGGGUGACAUUCUCAAACAUCAUCAUGGUGGCAUGGGCCCUGUUACUUGGAGCCUAUACAGAUCGCCAAGAUGUAUGCUUUGGCUAUCUAGCCUCCGGACGUGAUGCCCGUAUCGAUGGCGUCGAUGGUAUCGUCGGUCCUCUCAUCAACAUGCUUGUGUUCCGCUUCCAGUUCACGACUGAGACACUUCUCAAGACACUCUUAUUCACCGCUCGAGAUGAUUAUAUGGCCAGUCUGCCGCACCAACACUUCUCUCUGGCUCGUGUGAGCCAUACCCUGGGCCAGUCGAAGCGGGGCUUCUUCAACACAGCUGUGUCCAUCCAGAACGCUGGCGCAACAACUGUCUCCGAGCCCGACUCGCUUACUUACGAAGCACUCAAUGCCUACGACCCAAGCGAAUACGCCGUCACUGUCAACGCCAAUGCUACACGAGGUGACGAAGGCAUUCUCUUCCGCUACUGGUCCAACAUACUAUCCAGUUCGCAGGCCCAGGACCUUGCCGUGAACAUGUCCGAGCUACUAAACAGUUUCAUCGAUCACAGCGACGACACCUUGGCUCACCUUCGAUUACUACAGAGCUCACCGGUGGCUCGCAAUACAUACGCCCAAUCAUCUGACGUUGAUGGCUCGAUGUCCGAACAUGACGAGACGAACCACCUCCCCAAAGCACAAAGCUCAGGAAUCAGUGCAUCAUCGACUUUGAUUGACGUCGGCGACGCAGCAUCUAUGUCAUCCAACAUGUGCAACUCAUUCUCCCGCGAUAGGAAGUAUCUCCAUAACAAACUAUCCGCACUAUGGAGAGACAGUCUCGAGUAUCAAGGUUGCGCAAUCUCGCCUACCGACAAUUUCUUUGAGUCCGGCGGUGACUCGAUUAUCGCCAUGUCCAUGGUAGGCAACGCCAGAGACUUGGACUUGCCACUCACUGUGGCUGAUAUCUUUAAGAAUCCCGAGUUCGGUUCCUUGUUGGAUUGCCUCAAUGACAAGUCGUACAAGGAUAGCGACAGGGCUUCUAGCCCUGACCACAUGGAUACCUCCACUUCUAAGAAAGAGAAGCACAUCACCAGUGACCAGCCUUACAAACCCCUCUCUAUGCUUGAAGCAAAUGAUGCUGAGCAGUUCGUUCGAAGCCAUGUCUGUCCUGUUCUCGGCGUGUCUCGAGCCAGCAUCAUCGACGUCCUCCCCACUACCGACUUUCAAGAUCAGGCCAUCCACGGAAGUCUUCUGAAAUCACGAUGGCAGCUCAAUUAUUUCCAUCUCGACUCUUCAGGCCCGCUUGACAUGGCAUUACUACAAGAAGCUAUCACAAACGUUGUGGCCGCUUACGACAUCUUGCGCACUUUGUUUGUCUCUCAUCAAGGCCGUUACUUGCAGGUCAUCCUCCGCCACGUGCAACCCACUGUUAUUGUUGAAGAUGUGGAGAGCAUAGAGCAAUUCACUUCUGAGCUUCAAAAGGCACAUCAGCACGAGGUUCCGCGUCCUCAAGAACCGUCCCUUCGCUUCAUAGUAGCACGGCACAAGUCAUCGGAACGGCACCGGGUCUUCAUCCGCAUAUCUCACGCGCAGUACGACGGCGUGUGCUUCCCGACAAUCCUACAGAGUUUGAAGGCCUCAUUUGAUGGAGAGCCAAUCAAUACCGCACCUUCUUUCGCGAGCUAUAUCCAGAGGGUGUUGGGGGUAAACAGACAGGGAUGCUACUCGUACUGGACAACGCUUCUGAAGGACUCUACCCCCACUAAUAUCAUCCAGCGAGAGCAUGCUGCCUUUAAGACAAGCCCUACUCAAGUCUUGAGCAAGGUUGUGUCUACACCCUCACUCGCGUCAGUCAACAUCACAACCUCAACUGUUAUCAAAGCUGCCUGGUCAACCGUGCUGGCAAAGGCCACAGGGAAGACUGACGUUAUCUUCGGCAAUGUCAUCAGCGGACGGAACGCCAGCAACAUACCUGGGAUCCAAACCAUUGUCGGUCCUUGUCUGAACGUCGUUCCCGUACGUGUUCGCCAACAAUCCUAUUGGACUGUUCUUGAUCUCCUUCAAAACGUACAGGACCAGCAGGUGGACAAUAUGCCGUAUGAGACACUGGGUUUCGGAGAGAUUAUUAACAAGUGCACUGACUGGGAUGAUGAUGGAGUCAAUGGCUUCUCUACUGUUGUUCAGCAUCAGAGCAUGCCGCGUACAGAGAGUUUCGCAAUGGGGGGGAACAUGUAUCAGGUUGGUGUGAUGGGUUCGGAGGAAGACUGCGCUGAUAUGAGUGUUGUGACGACGCCUCAAAAUGUCGACAGCACUGAAGUAUGUUUGGUUUACAAUGGGAACGGAGAUUAUUCUCGCAGGAUCCCUAUAGAGUUCUAG